GCCCUGCCCCGGCCCCGCCACCUGCCGCCCCCGCCGGCAGCAUGACCGCAUCCGGCGCCGCCUCCCGUCGGUGACACCCCGCGGCCCCUUCCGCUUCUGCCGUGUCAUAUAUGGGCCACCUGCUCUCGAAGAGGGCAAGGAGUCUGAGCCGGCACCGGCGCUGCCGCCGGGGGAGGAAGGUGCCGCCGCGCAGCCGGGGCUGCUUCCUGCGCGGGCCCUGCAUGCUCUGCUUCGUCGUGCACAGCGCCAGCCCGCCCGUCCCGGAGCAGGCCCUGCCCGCCGCGGAUUCUCCGCUGCCACCGCCGCCCUACGCGGUUCUCGCCUCCGCGGAGCAGCGCGUCGCCCGCCGCCUCCUCUGCCUGCCGCCCGCCGCCUGGGAGCCGCGGCCCCGCUGCCCGCGCCUCCUCCUCUCGGGCCUGCUGCCCUCGCCCGUGCGAGGCUUCCUGGGGCCGCCCGGCGAGCUCGCCUCCGAGAUGCUGUGCAAACGCAAGGGGGCCGGCCUGCCCGCCUGCCCGCCCUGCAAGCAGCCGCGCUGCGCGGCCGCGGCCGAGCCCGAGGCCGUCGCCUGCCAGUGCCCGGGGCAGCCGCAGCUCUGCGCCCUGCCCGCGGCCGGGGGCUGCGCGGCGGGCGGUGCGGGAGCGCCGGCCCGCGGCCCCGCCGGGGAGAGCGGCGGCGGGCAGCACGGCUCGCCGCCGUCCCCCGCGCCGGAGGAGAGGGGCGGUGAGGCGGGCUGUGAGGAGCCGCUGGAGCGCCCCGGGGACUGCUGCCUCGAGCCGCUGCCGCCGCCGGCCCCGAACAUAAACCAGCUGCCGUCCUCCAUCCUCCUCAAGAUACUUUCCAAUUUAUCCAUGAAUGAGCGUUGCCUUUCAGCAUCUCUAGUCUGUAAAUAUUGGCGUGACCUCUGUUUAGAUUUUCAGUUUUGGAAGCAACUGGAUCUCAGUAGUCGUCAGCAGGUCACUGAUGAGCUGUUGGAAAAGUUAGCAUCAAGAAGCCAGAAUAUUACUGAAAUAAAUAUUUCUGAUUGUCGCAAUGUAUCUGAUACAGGAGUAUGCAUAUUAGCCAUUAAAUGUCCUGGACUCCUAAGGUAUACUGCCUACAGGUGUAAACAGCUUUCUGACACCUCUAUUAUUGCGGUUGCCUCUCAGUGUCCUCAUCUUCAGAAAGUGCAUGUAGGCAAUCAAGACAGACUCACCGAUGAAAGCCUCAAGCAGCUGGGUUCAAAAUGCAGAGAAUUAAAAGACAUUCAUUUUGGCCAAUGUUACAAGAUCUCAGAUGAAGGAAUGAUCAUUAUAGCUAAAGGCUGUCUGAAGUUGCAAAGAAUAUACAUGCAAGAAAACAAAUUAGUGACAGAUCAGUCAGUGAAGGCUUUUGCUGAACAUUGUCCAGAGCUGCAGUAUGUUGGUUUUAUGGGCUGCUCUGUUACGUCAAAAGGAGUCAUUCAUCUCACCAAUCUAAGAAAUCUUUCAAGCUUGGAUCUACGUCAUAUAACAGAACUGGACAAUGAAACCGUGAUGGAAGUAGUGAAGAGAUGCAAAAACCUUAAUUCCCUCAAUCUGUGUCUGAACUGGAUCAUUGAUGACAGCUGUGUGGAGGUGAUUGCCAGAGAAGGCCGGAACCUGAAAGAGCUGUAUUUAGUAUCCUGUAAGAUCACUGACUAUGGUGAACGAAGCUACAGUGGAGCAGCUAGUGCAGCAGUAUCCACACAUAACCUUCAGUACUGUACUACAGGAUUGCAAGAGGACAUUGGAACGGGCUUAUCAAAUGGGCUGGACACCCAAUGUGUCUACUGCUUCUUAACCUGCUGUUCUGGGCCUGGGACAACUAGUCCUCACCAACUAGUCACCACAAACUGGCUGCUUGGCGCUGCUACACCACCGGCUCUCAACUGGAUGCCAACCAGCAGGUUGUGCUCAUUCAGCACCAUACAAAGAACCUCAGGGAGCCAGUGGUCCUGACUUUUGUGACCAAACUGGAUAUACACAGGGGAGUUCAAGUAUAUGAGUCACACAGUUUGAAACAUGAAAAACUAACAAUGAGAUACAGGCAACUCAAUCAAGCAUGAGAAACAAAAAAUUUUGAGAUGAAGGUAACUCAAUCAAACAUAUUACAAACAGCUGAUUUCAGGUCACAGUCCUGAAUUUCACUUUUAAAACCUGUGUUUUUCUAUCUUUAAGUUCAUUUGUUUAACACUACUUUUAUAAAAAGUUUUUGGAUGUUUUAGAUUUGCAUUCAUUUAACAUCAUUUUUAAAAUGUGUGUUUUCAUGUUUUUUAAUUGCAUUUGUUUAACAUUACUUUUAGAAAAUACCUCAUGUUUGAUUGAGUUGCCUUUAUCUCACAAUUAAUUUUCCAUGUUACGAAUUGUGUGACUCAUACACUUGAACCCCCCUGUAUAUACACAGUUUCCUAGAAAAAAUCAGAGAGCCGUGAGCAAAGCCACCUGCUCCUUGAGGUUCUAUGCAUGGUGCAGAAUGGCUGCAACAUGAUGGUCAGCAGACAGUUGUUCUGGUGAUGAGUUGGUGCUGUAGAGGUGUCCGGCAGCCAGUUGUCAGCAGUAAGCUAGCAGCAUCCAGUUGUCUCUUCCCUUCCUUCCCAUCUCCCCCAUACCAACAUGAUAGUUCCACUCUACUGCAUUCAGCAGAUAUAAUGGGGAUUGCAGAGGGUUCACAGCCUUUUAUAUGAUGCAAUGUAAUUGUGAGUUUACAGAGGUUACAGUAAAAUGGCAAAAACUGUACACUGACUUCAAUGUACUGUACAACUAAGUACUGAUAUUGAAGCAAAUCUUCAAAAAUGCAUCUUUUUUUUUUUUCAUUAAAGACAAAAAAAGCCUUUGGCAGAUUUCUUGAAGGGGAUUCCUACUAGUUCUAGGGACAGUUUGAAUUAUAGAAGAUGUUAAGCUUAUUUUCCGCUGUUUAUUUUGCCUUGAUCGUGUGUGUUUCCUUUGAUUUUUAAGUGCUAACUCAGUGCAUUUGAUCAACAAAGGCUGGUGUUGAAAGUAGGAGCUGAACUUCAUGCUUAUCAUUUACUAAAGCUACCCCAGGAGUUUUAACAUGCACGGUGACAAGAAAAUCUACAAAGAACUGUCAUUUUCUUAUAAGCAUUUUGAUAAUGACACAAAUUAUUAUAUAAACAGAAAUCUAAGUAAAUUAAGAUAAUGCCAGAAUGAAUAUUUAAUGGACAAUCUUACUUCUUUUCUUUGUAUCAUUCAACAGAAUUGUUGCCUUCUUUUGUUCUGUUUUAUUUAAAAUAGGAGAUGCUGUAGAGAUUUCCAAACCUUUCCACCUUACCUUUUUUAUGUGAGUUGAUAGUGCUUAGCCUAACACUGAUAACCAGCUCGCUCUUUAUAAAGUCAAAGAGUAAUUGUAUACACCAACUAUCAGAGAUAAGUUAACAUACAAUGUUUAAAUAUCUGAUUUUUUAAAAUUACUUCUGUGGUUUUUUUAAGUUAACUUGUCUUCUCUGACUACACUGUUAGGUUGCUAAAUUGGGUAAUUCAGAUGAAUGGGUAGAAGCCAGUAACAGGAUUUCUUGCAUUUCCUGUGUGGUGGUUAUUUUACAACAGAUCUUAAAAUGCAAAGAGUGCUUACCUCAAGAACGCCAUCUACACGUGAUGGGUGGGUUUCCUAAGAUGAGAUGUUUCAUUAUACAGUGUAAGCAAGAAAAUACCCAGAGUAAAUACAAAGAACACUUUUCUGUGUGUCACGUUGCAUUCUAAGGAGUUAAAUUUUAUAAGGGGAUACUGAAAAUAUAGGCACUGCAGCUUCAAUUUGAAGUUGCAUUAAUCUUAGAGUAUUACCAUUUGGUUAAGAAUGUUUUCAGGUGUGUAACACUGGAUAUUUGUUUUUCAAAGGUUACAGCAUUUUAAUCCAAAGUAUGAAAUGCUUAAGUUUCAGCUGAAAAGUUGCCAUUAUUGUAAAAAUGUUUUGCUAAUCCAGACAGUCUAAUGCAGCAUAGCCUAGAAGCUUGUGUAGUAUGGCUGUAUAACUCUCUGUAACUGUUGAUUUCCAUAGCAUAAUUUUUUACUACAGAAACAUCAGCUCUCAGUAAUUCCAGUGAUGGUGUUCAAUGUUUUUUUAUUAGACUUUUCAAAAUGGGGAUGAAAUAAUUUCUCUGGAGAAAAUACAUGGCAAAGGUUUUGCUUUAAGUAAGUGGUAAAUACAUAUGAACAAAAUGGCAACAUUAUUUUCAGAAUAAAGCCAGUGGAUUAUAUUGCAGAUAUAGUACAGAAUCUUAGUCAUUUUUCAUUUAAUGUCUUUUUAUGAAUGCAUUAAAACUAUUCACACAAUUUGUAAGUUUCUAUUUUUUCGUGAAACCUUUGAUCUUGCAUCUUUAAUAAAAGAAAGAAGAAAAA